UCUUGGCUCUCCCCACCAACAUGCUCCAGUUCCUGCUUGGAUUUACUUUUGGCAACAUGGUGGGAAUGUACCUAGCUCAGAACUAUGACAUAUCAAAUCUGGCUAAAAAACUUGAAGAGAUUAAAAAGGACUUGGAAGCCAAGAAGAAACCCCCUAGUUCUUGAGGCUACUGCAGCUCUGCAUUCUGUACACACUGCCCUCCUGCCUCUGAGCAGCAUCCCUGACC